CCUUUUUCUUCCUCAAUCAUCCACAUUCUCAUCCAUUUCCCUCUGUUUUCUCUCCCACCACCUCCCCUGAGUUCCCUCUUCUCUCUCUCUCGCUCUCUUUAUCUAAUUUUUAAUCUUUCAUCGUUAUUUUCCUAGAACCUGGAAAAUAUUUUCUCGAGAAAAAAAUUGAACUUUUUUUUUCUUUUUUAUUUUCCGAGAAAACUCAUUUGCCGUCCUUUUGUCCCAGAUCCAAAGAUCUUCACCGACUCUGUAUUUUUCUAAUUCGUGUUUUUAUAAUUUUCUUUGCCGUGAAAAUCGCAGGCAUUAGAUUCCUUCUCUGACUUAAAAGUUCCCAGUUUCCCAUUCUUUUAGCAAGCUGAAAUCUUUACCUCCUUAAUAAUUUCCCAUUUGAAGAAAAAACCCCUCUUUCUUUUUUGUUCACAUUCUUUAUCUCCCAUAGUUUUUGGCCAAGGAAGUUCCUUUUGAUGACCCAAAAACAUUGUUUUGGGUUUACUGUUUGUUGGGUGUUUUUUUUAUUUUUGGUUUGAGAGUUUUAAAUCCUGUAUCAUAUUUUUUCCUUUUAGAAAACUAAAUAGUAUAAGCAUUCCUAUUUUAGCUUUGAUUCAUAGAAUAUAGGUUUUGGAUCAUUCUACUUUUUUCGGGAAUUUGAUGGAUCUGAGGUUGUACUGCAAGCUCAAAUCUUUACCGGAAUAGGAAUUUUGGGCAGAUCGGCUAUGCGCUUUUUGAUUAGAGGUAAAACAAAUUCUAGAUCAUAGUGUAGGGGUGUGUGGAUUGGAUUCGAAUUGUAUUAUUACUUGGAAGGUGAAGUGGGGUUUGGGUGUGGUGUAAAUAUUUGAUUAGAUCAUGGAGCAUGUUAUCGGUGGAAAGUUUAAGCUGGGGAGGAAGAUCGGCAGUGGAUCCUUUGGCGAGCUUUAUUUGGGAAUUAAUGUGCAAAGUGGAGAAGAAGUGGCUGUCAAGCUGGAAUCAGUGAAGACCAAGCAUCCGCAGCUUCACUAUGAGUCUAAACUGUACAUGCUUCUUCAAGGAGGAACUGGUAUUCCCCAUCUCAAGUGGUUCGGAGUUGAGGGUGAGUAUAAUGUCAUGGUUAUUGACCUUCUCGGGCCAAGCCUUGAAGACCUCUUUAACUAUUGCAAUCGGAAGUUCUCUCUGAAAACAGUCUUAAUGCUUGCAGAUCAGUUAAUUAACAGGGUUGAGUACAUGCACUCACGGGGUUUCCUUCACCGUGAUAUAAAGCCCGACAACUUUUUGAUGGGUCUAGGGCGCAAAGCUAAUCAGGUAUAUAUCAUAGAUUAUGGUCUUGCAAAAAAGUAUAGGGAUCUUCAGACGCACAAGCACAUACCAUACAGGGAAAACAAGAAUCUUACAGGAACAGCUCGCUAUGCAAGUGUUAACACUCACCUUGGAGUUGAGCAAAGCAGAAGAGAUGAUUUAGAGUCUCUUGGUUAUGUGCUUAUGUAUUUUUUGAGGGGAAGCCUUCCCUGGCAGGGCUUGAAAGCAGGCACUAAGAAGCAGAAGUAUGAUAAGAUUAGUGAAAAGAAGAUGCUUACUCCCAUAGAGGUGCUGUGCAAAUCAUAUCCAUCAGAAUUCACAUCAUACUUCCACUACUGUCGGUCAUUGCGGUUCGAAGACAAACCAGAUUAUUCAUAUCUGAAGAGGCUUUUCCGGGACCUUUUCAUCCGAGAAGGGUAUCAAUUUGACUAUGUUUUUGAUUGGACCAUACUGAAGUAUCCGCAGAUUGGUUCCAGUUCAAGAUCACGCCCAAGUGGGAAGCCAGCUCUAAACCCAGGACCAUCUGCAGAAGGAAUUGAAAGGCCUACAGUGAGACAGCAGGUGCAAGACAGAUUGUCAGGUGCAGUUGAGUCAUUCGUUAGGAGGAAUGGCUCUGGACAUGGUUUGCAUGGUGAACACUCCAGGCAUAGAUCUUCAGAUGAUGUGCCAUCAUCCAAAGAUGUGAAACCUGAUUCUGAAAGACCCCGGAGUUCUUCCCGUAAUGGUAGUACCUCGAAGAGGCCUGUCUUAUCAAGCAGCAGACCAAGCUCCUCUGGUGAGCCUAGUGAGAAUAAUCGGUCAAGCCGCCUGGUCUCAAGCAGUGGUAGACUCUCCACAACUCAAAGGGUUCAACCUGGGUUUGAGUCUAAAACAACAUCAUUUAGCCGUGCUGCUGCCACAAGAGGCAGUCGUGAUGAUGCACUUCGAAGCUUUGAGCUCCUAUCCAUUGGCACAGGAAAGAGGAAAUAGAAAAAAUCAUCCGGUAAGAAGUGCUUGGGGUCAAAGUGUCCAGAUUCCUUUGUAGUGAUGAAAGAUGUCAGAACUGUAAUGGUUUUAUCUCAGUUAAUCUGUAUAUGUGUAUCCAUUGUUGGGUUCCGUCCACAGUUGAAAAAGAUCAAUGAAGUUUCUCUUUAAACCAACUUUUUUUUUUUUCUCACUUGCCCUUUUUAGGAUUUCCUGUCUGUCACUAUAGCAUCCAAGUAAGAGAUGAUGAAUCCAUCUCAUUUUAGGGAAUUGUUUAUAUCCUUGAGACACCAGUAGCUGUAAUAAGUACCUCUGUUACUAUGAUUUUUGUUCCUUCCCUUUUGAAAAAAGGAAAAAAAAAAAAAAUUGCUUUACGGAUAUAUAUAUAUAUAUAUAUAUAUAUAAUCCCUUUUGGUUUCUAAA